UAUACUAAAAAUCAUACACCACAUCAUUUAAAAUUGUUAUGAACAAUUACGUGCAUAAAUUUUUGGAAUCUACUAUUGGUAAUAUAUUUGGUAAAGAUAUAACUUGUAGAGAGCCAGUAUACCGUUGCGACGAUUAUCAACCAGGUGUGUUAGUAGAAUUUGGACGAACCGGUAUAAAAUUGUUCAAGAAAUUCUUGAUGCCGUGUGGGCUAUGCGCUGCUGUACCUGCAAUGAAACCUGCUGAUCCACCUGGACAACACACUACAUCAUGUAGUAAUGAAACACAAGCAAAGAAAUUAAUAAAACCUUCUGAAUUACCCAUUUAUUCUGCUGAAGAUGGGUAUACUAAACAGAUGCCAUGUGUAGAAUAUCCUGCUAUUGUGGAAGAGAAUAUUCGAAGAGUACGUAAAACGGUACAAGAGAUAAAAGUUCAAAUAGAUAAUAUCUCCUAUAAUGUUACAAGUACUCUUGAGCAAUUUAAAUUCAUAGUUGAUUAUCUUCAAGACGAAGCUAAUCUUAUGCCACGAAUAGGAGCUGUUGGUAUUGGUGGUUUAUCAGGUUUAAUACUGGGUCUUAGAGGAGGCAUGUUUAAGCGAUUACUGUAUACAACUACAGGUGCUAGUAUUAUAGGGUGCAUCUGUUUUCCUAAAGAAGCAAAAGAGACAUUUAAUACAGUGGAACACUAUGGAAAUAUUACUUAUAAUUUUAUUUAUGGUGUGAAACCAGGAGAUGACCAAAAGGAAAUUUCAUUAAAAGAAAUUCCACUAGUGAAAAGUGUGCUUGAAUCAGAAUAUUUUCGUAUGAUAACUGAACCUUUUAAACAGAAAGCAUUGAAUACAGCUGACAAACCGGAGGAAAAUACCCCUACAACUAAAUCAGAGAAAGAAAAGAAAUAA